CGGCCAGAGCUCCCCCAGACUCGGUGUUCCCCGCGAUCGUUUCUGUUGCCGCCGGUGCCCAAAGGGGCCUCCAGCCCAGCCUCCCCAGUCUUCGUGGCGCAACGGAAUCCUCCCGGCCUCGCCGCCAGCUCGGGGACAUGGAGACCCUCCCCGGACCCCGGACUCCCUUCCUCGAGGACACCGUCGCUCGGAUGCUCCUGCUCGGCUUGGUCCUCCUGCAGGUGACCGGAGCCUCCGGCAUUACAGAUGUAGUGGCAGCAUAUAAUUUAACUUGGAAAUCAACUAAUUUCAAGACAAUUUUGGAGUGGGAACCCAAACCCAUCAAUCAUGUCUACACUGUUCAGAUAAGCCCCAGAUUAGGCAACUGGAAAAGCAAAUGCUUCUACACCACAGACACGGAGUGUGACCUCACCGACGAGAUCAUGAACAAUGUGAAUCAGACGUACCUGGCCCGGGUCUUUUCCUACCCAGCUGAUGCCACCGAUUACGCUGGGGAGCCUCACUUUACAAAUUCCCCAGAGUUCACACCUUACUUAGAGACAAAGCUCGGACAGCCCAUGAUUCACAGUUACAAACAAGUUGGGACAAAACUGAAUGUGACCGUACAAGAUGCACGUACCUUAGUCAGGAUGAACGGCACAUUCCUAAGCCUCCGGGAUGUUUUUGGCAAAGACUUAAGUUACACACUUUAUUAUUGGAAAGCUUCAAGUACGGGAAAGAAAACAGCCAAGACAAACACUAAUGAGUUUUUGAUUGAUGUGGAUAAAGGAGAAAGCUACUGUUUCAAUGUUCAAGCAGUGAUUCCAUCACGGAAAGUAAACCAAAAGAGUCCAGAAAGUCUCAUCGAGUGUACUAGCCAAGAGAAAGAAAUGUUCCUCGUCAUUGGAAUGGUGGUGCUUGCAGUCAUCAUCCUGACCAUCAUCCUGGGGGUGUCCCUGUACAAGUGCAGGAAGGUGCGCAGGGAGCGAGGUUGGAAGGAGGGCUCCCCACUCAAUGCUGCAUAAAGAACACACCCUUGGAGCUGCCGACCACGGCACAGUUCAUGUUGCACUGCGACCAAGAACUUUGAAGAGAAUGGAAUAUAUGGAAACACAAAUGAGUAUUUUGGAGCACGGAGACUCUUGGGCUCAACAAUAGCUCUUUAUCCGACCUGUUCUCACAGUUAGCAUUCUGGUUUCGACAGCAGCAUUAGACGCUGUGGAAUGUAACGAACGGUACGACCCAUUCCAAGUUUUUAAAAUUUCUGUUUAACACUAUGACAUCCUUUGCACAUAUCAUGUUCUAGAAUGUAUAUUCUACACCCAAGAUGAAACCAGGUUGUCUCAUCAAAAACGAAUGAACAAAUGCCUUAAAACAAAAACAAAAAACUCCUGGGUAGACUUUUGGAAGGCUUUUGAGAAGCUGACUUCAAAUCACACAGGAGAGUAAAAUGGAAAUUGGGUGGACUUGUCUAACCUGUGUCUCUGCUUUUGUGAUAUAUGGUGUUUAGGGUCUUCUGCUGCUUCUUUUCUGAGUUCUCUUGGAGGUUCAAAACAAUUGGCAAACGUUUAUGUGAAUGUGUGAAAUGCAGAAGACUUCUUUUUGGGGCACAUUCCUAAAGAACCUUAGGGGUAGCACUUUAACUGACUUCCGUGCUGUUGAUUAAGCACUUGACAAUUAACUAUAUUUUUAUAAGACUACUAUACAAACCACAUAGAGUUUAUGAUUUAAGGUACUUCGAGCUUUUAUGGCCAAUAUUGUGUAUAUUUAUAUAUAUUUUAAGAGGUUUUAUACAUGGGGAUUAUCUAUUUAUAGAAGUAAUAUUGUUCUGUUUGUAUAUAUGGAGAUAAUUUAUUUAAUAUACUUUUAUAUAAAUAAAGGUGACUGGGAAUUUUG